GAAAAUGUAUAAGUACAGCGCAAAAGAUGCAUCUUUCCUUUCUGUGGACUGGGGCCCUUGAUGGAUUAUAAUCUGGCCUCUCAAAAUCCUGCCUGUCAAAAACAACCAAGGAUCAAAAGGGAUCUUACAUUUUAGACAAACCAUAAAUAGGAAACAUGGUAGGACUUAAACCCUCAGAUGUUCCCCCUCCACUGGGGGUGAAGAUGGCGAGUGCUGGAGCUGCAGCCUGUAUAGCUGACAUUGUCACAUUUCCUCUGGAUACAGCCAAAGUCAGACUACAGAUUCAGGGAGAGCAAAAGGUGGAUGCAGCCAAAAACAUUCGCUACAGAGGGGUGUUUGGGACGAUCAGCACCAUGAUCCGAACAGAGGGCCCCAGGUCUUUGUAUAACGGGCUGGUUGCUGGGCUGCAGAGACAAUUGUGCUUUGCCUCCAUUAGAAUUGGCCUCUACGACAAUGUCAGAGAUUUCUACACUGGUGGAAAUCAAAACCCGGGAGUACUGCUUCGUAUCCUGGCUGGAUGCACUACAGGUGCCAUGGCGGUGUCCUUUGCACAACCCACUGAUGUGGUCAAGGUUCGGUUCCAAGCCCAGAUGAACCUGGAUGGCGUAGCACGUCGUUACACUGGAACUAUGCAGGCUUACAGACACAUCUUUCAGAACGAGGGCUUACGUGGACUCUGGAAAGGAACACUGCCCAACAUCACAAGAAACGCACUGGUCAACUGCACAGAGCUGGUCACAUAUGAUUUGAUCAAAGAGGCCAUCCUUAGACAUAAACUGAUGUCAGACAAUCUGCCAUGCCACUUUGUGUCUGCGUUUGGUGCUGGCUUCGUUACCACAGUGAUAGCUUCCCCAGUAGAUGUGGUGAAAACGAGGUACAUGAACUCACCACCAGGCCAGUACAAGAGUGCGAUCAACUGUGCCUGGACCAUGAUGACUAAAGAGGGGCCAACUGCUUUCUACAAAGGAUUCGUGCCCUCGUUUCUGAGGUUGGGAUCCUGGAAUGUUGUGAUGUUUGUCUCAUUUGAGCAAAUCAAGAGAGCCAUGAUGGUCACCAAGAAGAGAUUUGACACCGACAACUGAGAUUUUUGUCUCAAAGUUUGACUGAGAAACCUGAAGCGCUGACGGGCUGGAACAUCGAACCUCAUGAAUGAACUCCACUAAUUUUCAGUUUUAUUAUUGUUGUCCAGUAGUGACAAAGAACAAAAUCCUUUGUUGAAAAAGGACGAUAUAUGUGACAAUAUGUUGAACUGAUGUAUAAAAAAAACUCACAAUUCUUUUUAUAUUUAUAAUUUGUCAUAAUGAGAAGUUGAGCUUGCACUUUAAGCCCUGUAAGUCUAAAUCUGCCUCUUACACGUUUAAGGCAGUUUAACAAGUGCACCUUUACAUGCUAAAUAAAAUGUAAGACAUGUUUAUGUAAAUCCUAAAUAAUAUUUGACUUUA